AUGAAUUAUGAAGAAGAACAAGUUCAAGAACUGGAAGUUUUACAAUCUAUUUAUCCUGAUGAAUUUACAAUUUUAAAUGAAACAUACCCAAAUAUCCAUUUCCAAAUUGAUAUUAAAUUAGAAUUAGAUACUGAAAUUGAAUUGAAAAAAGAACAUAUAAUUUCCGUUGAUAUUCAAUUACCAGAGACAUACCCUGAUGUUGCACCAAUUUUAUCAUUAGACCCACAAGAAAUAUCUUUAAAAGAAGAAGAAUCUGAUUCUGAAUCUGAAGAUGAAGAUGAAGUUGAGUUUGAUGAACAUGGUAAUAUAGUAAUUAGCAAAGUUCAAGAUUUUGGUUCCAAGAUUCACUUUAAAGAUCAUGUUAACGAACUUCUUGUUACUAUUGAGGAACAAAUAGAAACUGAUAUGCUAAUUGGGAUGCAAAUGUGUUUUGCAUUAAUAUCUACAAUAAAAGAGAAUUGUGAACAAUGGUUCCAAGAUGAAUUGAAGACAUUAGAAAAAGCUUGGGAAAGAGAAACCGAAAAACGUGAACAAGAAGAACAAGCAAAAUUUAAUGGUACAAAAGUUACUAAAGAAUCAUAUUUAGAAUGGAGAGCUGCAUUUAGAAAUGAACUUAAAAUUGAUGAAAGAGAUAACAUUAGAAGAUUAAAAGCUCAUAAUGAUAAACUUACAGGUAAACAAAUGUUUGAACAAGGUGUUGCUGGUACAAUAGAAGAUGAAUUAGAGAUCAAUAAUAACGAUGAAUUAUCUGAAUCUAUGGAAAAAAUACAAUUAUGA